AUGGAGCAGCGAUCUCUUGCGCGACUAGUACCCUCAUUCAACCGUUUACUUGCUAUAUCAACCAUCCUGCGAGUCGUCCUUAUUCUGUAUAGCGAAUGGCACGACGCACAUUCUGUUGUCAAGUACACCGACGUCGACUAUCGCGUCUUCAGUGACGCUGCACGCUUCUUGUUGAACCCGUCUGAGGCGAACUAUGCACAAGGGCCCUUGGGAACACUGCUCCGGGUCGGCGAUCCAUAUACACGCGCGACCUAUCGUUACACCCCGCUCCUUGCUGUACUGUUGACCCCGAACGAAUGGCUCCAUCCGUCGUUCGGAAAGUAUAUGUUUGCGGCAGCGGACAUCGUCGGGGGUGUGCUAAUGUACAAACUGUUGACAUUGGUCGUUCUCCCCAAGACCGGAUCCAGGUCUACUGGUCAGCGGCAAGAUGGCUCGGGAAGGAAGGACGAUGACGCUGCGAAAACCCAGGGCGGAUGGACCACGGAGCGCUAUGCAACCGCGCUAGUGGCCUCGCACUUGCUCAACCCCCUCGUUUUUACCAUCUCCACGCGCGGUUCGUCGGAGUCCGUACUCUCGCUCUUUGUGCUCUCCACGCUAUACUGCGCACUCAAGGGGAAAUGGAACGCCGCUGCAGUGCUCCUUGGCCUAAGCACACACUGGAAGAUUUAUCCGUUCAUCUACGGCGUUGCGUGUCUUGGUGUGAUCGGUGGACAUGCGGGCGUGAAGGCGCGGGGAGGAAGUUGGGUUGGCACAGUGGUCAACACGCGGACCGUGAAGUUCACUGUGCUGAGUCUGGCGACGUUCGUAAGCCUUGGGACGUUGAUGUAUGCCGUUUGGGGAUAUCCGUUCCUCUACGAGUCCUACCUCUACCACCUCCACCGACUGGACCACCGACAUAACUUCUCGCCGUACUUUUACCUCAUUUACCUCACAUAUACCUCAUCCACCACGGCAGGCGACCGUCUCGACAUGUCGCUCUGGAUACGACUACUGCGGUCUCCCCUGACCAGCUUCGUCCCGCAGAUGGUGCUCUCCCUAGGAGCAGGCUUGCUAUUUGGAAGGCGGGGCGAUGACCUUGUAUUCGCGUGGUUCGUGCAGACGGUCGUCUUUGUCGUCUUCAACAAAGUUUGCACCUCCCAGUACUUCCUCUGGUACAUGCUCUUCCUACCACUGCUCAUCCCGAGACUGCGGAUGUCUCGCAGACAGUUGCUGGCGUAUGUCGCAGUGUGGGUAGGCACACAGGCGUUGUGGUUGAGCGAGGCGUACAAGCUAGAGUUCUUAGGGCAGAACGUCUUCUUUGGCCUGUGGAUCCGGAGCUUGAUGUAUGUCGUCGGGAACUGCUGGGUAUUGGCAGGGAUAAUGCGAUGCUACACGCGUUGA